AUGCGUUUUAACGCACCGCACAAAAUAGAGCAUGUUCUAUUUUCCAACGCAACGUCUAAACGCAACGCACGUAUUCAGUUAGGACAUAGCGUUAUGUUAUCCACCGCCGUCAUAAAAGUAUAUGAUAAAAUGGGUAAUGCGAUACAUUGCCGUGCGCUAUUGGACUCUGGAUCUCAAAACAAUUUUGUCACGGAAUAUAUGGCACAAACCCUUCAAUUAGGCCGAAACAAAAUAAAGAGCGAUGUCUCCGGUAUAGGUCAAUCAGUGCACACUAUAACGUCCGCGGUGACGGUGAAGAUAAGAUCCCGCACAAGCGAUUACGAAAAAACCAUAUCUUGCUUAAUAUUACCCAGAUUAACUAAUGACAUACCCGCACAGGUCAUUGACCCAAAACGUAUAAAUGUACCGGAUAAUAUUGUAUUGGCUGACAAAGCAUACAAUAAGCCGCAAAAAAUUGAUAUGUUAUUAGGUAAUGAAUUGUUUUUCGACUUAAUGCGUCCAGGGCAAAUUAAAUCGAGCAGUGCCGGGCCAAUUAUACAAGAGACGAGGUUAGGAUGGAUAAUUGCUGGUCCUAUAUAG